AUGCUCCUCCUCCUCGUCCUGCUGUCUCUGCGGGCGUGGGGCUAUGAGGCUCCAGAGGAUAAGCAGGAUGUAUUUGCUACAACAGCCUGUCCUGCCUUUCUGACUUUCAUCAACGCUGCCUACCUGGCAGGAGUUACCGUGGAGCUGCCGUGUCACUGCAAACCACCACAGGUCCAAUCAGUAGUGUGGUUCUUUCGGAAACAUUUGGGCAGCUAUGAAGAGACCAGAGCCUUGAGUGAUCGCCAUGGCAACAAGCUGCUAGACUCCAGUCAGGUCCCUCACAGUGGAGACUUGAGCAGCCGAUUCUCCAUCCGGCUCUUCAGCCUGCUGAUCUUCAGAGCGGGACCCGGAGACUCUGGCAUCUACAUCUGUGGCUCCGCUCACCAGGACUUCUUCUAUGCUUAUGACCUGGACAUUCAGGAAGCUCUCACAAUCAGCUUUACUCAAAGGCUCACUCCUGAAAGCAAGAACAAAAGAAGACAAUACAGCACUUCUCAGCCGCUGUACCGAGUCUUCACCAGCUACCGGCGCUGGACGGUGUGCGAUCGCUGUGGCGUUCCAGGAGAGCAGGUCUGUGUGGGACUCUGCUACAUCCGCUCCCGCUUCCUGCAUGUGCGCUACAGGCGGGCCAAUCAGACAGUGGCUUCUUGCGGUUCGGGGGCGGUGCCCAGAGCUUUUGGCCAGAGCUUUUGGCAAAGCAGAGUUGGAGCCAAGUUGAAGGUCAGAAGCUGUCAAGUGACUUGUCCAACUCAACCCCCUCAAUCCUCCAAACUCCUCGCUCUGUUGGCAUUUCUUGGCUACAGUUCUGCCUCCUCACCGGUGCAGAUACCAGUGUUCUACCUGAGCCACCCAGCGGACCAAGUUCUCACCCUGGGGUGCCCAGGGGCACGGCCUAACAUGGCUGUGGCCUGGGAUCGAGGAUCUAAACCCAUCUACCGAUAUGAGAACUCAGCAGGCGGUAACCUCAGUGCCAAACCCCCGAGGCUAAUUAUAGACACCGGACACCACCUGGUGUUUCACCCGGCAAAAACUCAGGACUCAGGCGUCUACUACUGCUGGCUGCAGGGUCGCCGGGCCGCUGAAAUACAUCUCCUAGUUUAUGUCCACAUGGGGCGUGGUCAGUCUGUGUUUUCACAUCCUGACUUCCCAGCGGCUGUAUAUACAGUGUUAGAGUCAUAUGCUGCCAUGACAGCUGUGUUUUGCUUGCUGCUGUUCUUCAGAGCUGUAGUCAGACACCACAGAGGCGCUGCAGAAACACAUGUGGAUUAA